AGAAGGACACCAAAAUUUACAGCGAACCAGUUGCCUCAGUUCUCUCCUUGGCGAUCCCUGCGCUCAGCCUCAGCGUCCUGUCCAGACCAGGAAGAACAGCAAGGACGGACAUGCUUCAUUCUGGUCAUUCUCCUCCUGGACGCUUUUCCAAGGGAAGGUCAUUCUGGACAGAGUGGAGAUACCAGCAGACAUAGAGGACAGUGCAUUUUUCUUGGGUCUGGGUAAUCCAGAUAACCUGGGGACUAAUCCUGGGUGCCCCUUGCAUGCUAACCAUUGUAGUUCCACCGGAGGCAAAUAGUUAAAGCCUGAAGAGCCAGAUGGUGACGCCCUGGAGGCGACUCCUCUUCCAGUGUCCCAGGAGCACAACAGGCCCACUGGGGACUGCCCAGGCUCCGGGAUUCUGGGCGCUAGGACCCGAGGCCAAGCAGCUGAGAGCAUAGCCAAAAGGGAGGCAGUGAGAUGGGGAUUGGAGGACACAUGGCUUUGACAAGCCCAGUAACCAAGUUUUCUUUUCUUCCAUAGCAGAGUUCUUUGCUUGGGCUCUCACCCCACAGGCCUUGGCGGGCGAGAAGCCUAGGGAGGAGGGACGGAGUGGACACGGGAGACUACCGGGAGAGCAGGGCGGGCUGCCCAGGCCUUGAGCCACUCCUCUGGCGCUGCGGGCCCUCCCUCGGCCAGCUGGCCAUGGCUAACAGUGGAGACGCGGGCAGCCCCGGGCCGUGGUGGAAAUCGCUAGCGAACAGCAGGAAGAAAAGCAAGGACGCCUUGAUGGGGGCUCAGACCCCCACGCCGGCUCCCGCGGGGGAGCCCGCGCAACCCGCGCCGCCCAGCCCCGACUGGACUUCCAGUUUCCGGGGGAACAAACACCCCAGUCUCCUCGCGGGCACAGGGGAACCCCAAAAGCCAGACAAAGUGUGUGGGGAGAAACUGGGCAACAGCCGCCGCAAUUUAAAGAUCUCACGCUCCGGCCGCUUUAAGGAGAAGAGGAAAGCGCGCGCUACCCUGCUCCCAGAGGGAGUCAGGUCCUCAGAAGACACUGGCUUCCCUGGUGACCUGCAAGAGGACAAACAGUAGCCAGAAUGAUCCAGGACGACCCAUCUCCACUCCUGGCUUGGCUCUGCUCCAUCACAGGUUCUAAAACCAGAAAAUCUGACAGGCUUCUUUCUGUACUUGUUCCAAAUUCAGAAUAUUCACUUAAGAUCUCCAGGAUUUCAUUUUCCUGGAAGACUGAAGUGUGAACCGAGUUUCCAACAUUUCAGGACACAAAGAUGCAUUAACUUAUGGCUGAUAGCGGUUGUGUCAGUGAGAAAGGUACUUUCCUAAGAGAUAUUAGUAGCUCACCUGGAACUGCAGAGAUCCUCCAAUAAGGAAGGAUCAAAAUGCACCCUAUUGGAAAGCAGCUUUUAAUGCCUGAGAAAUGCACUUUAGACGUACUUCUAUAGAUUUACACCCUAAGUGAAGAAGUGAGAAACUGGAAGUAUUGUUAAAUAAGAUUUAAGUAAGGCAAGACUGCUUGCUCAAAAACUGUACCACCCAUUUUAAUGUAGACUAUUAAAGUUGUUACACUCUAA